AUGAAAUCAAGAGCUUUAGGGCUUUGUUCUCAGGCUUGCCAGAAUGUGAAAUUAGAAAAUUUUUUCUCAGGCUUGUGUAGGCUUGCUGAAACAUUAAAUCAGGAUUUUGGGGCUUCAUUCUCAGACUUGCGAAAUGUUGAUUCAGAACUUUGGGCUUCAUUCUCAGGUAAGAUUAUGCCUUUCGGAACAUUAAAUCAAGAUUUGGAGCUUCAUUCUCAGAUUAUGGAGCUUCGUUCUUAG